UCGCACAUCUGCACAGGGAAGGCGCACAUCUGCACAGGGAAGGCGCACAUCUGCACAGGGAAGGCACACACUUUGACUUCACUCACCUCUCUGGAUGUCCUCACCCCCCCCCGGAGGACUUCAUUUCCCAUCAUGCAACAGCAGGGCACCGCAGAGGCCCAGAAGGUCAGCAGCGCCCAGCAGGGGGUCGCGUCGCCGCCAAAGGUCCACGACGCCGGGGCGUCUCAGCCGGAGCCGAGCAGGGGGCGCGGUGCCACCUGCUGCCCGACUUCAGGCGCUCCUAUGUGGGCGUGGCUGGUGCUGGCCGCCCUGCUGGUGCCUGGAGCCUGGGGCGGCCUGAGCGAGGAGCAGGAGGAGAUGCUGGUGGAGCUCCACAACCACUACAGGGGCCAGGUGUCGCCCAGCGCCUCCGCCAUGCUGCCUCUGAAAUGGGACCCCAACCUGAAGGUGCUGGCUGAGGGCUACGCCGCCAAGUGCAUCUGGAACCACAACCCGGACCUGGAGGACACCGGCGAGAACCUGUUCGCUGGCACGGGACCUCUGGACCUGCGGGUGGCCAUGGAGAAAUGGUUCCUGGAACAUCUCCACUACGACUUCCACAACAACAGCUGCCAUGAAGACCAGAUGUGUGGACACUACACACAGAUGGUGUGGUCAGACACACACAGGGUGGGCUGUGCCUUCCACCAGUGUAACCAAAUGGAGGGUCUGGCCUGGGAGAAGAUCUCAUACCUGGUGUGCAACUACUACCCAGCGGGGAACUAUGAAGACGAGCGUCCUUACGUGGAAGGAGAAUCGUGCUCCAGUUGUCCAGAAGAUCUAAAAAUAUGUGAAAACAACCUCUGCGUUCCUGAAAUCGUGGAGGACGAUGGUGAAGGUGAAGCUGACGCUGAAGGUGGAGCUGAAGCUGAAGGUGAAGGUGAAGCUGAAGGUGGAGCUGAAGCUGAAGGUGAAGCUGAAGCUGAAAGAGAAGCUGAAGGUGAAGCUGAAGGUGAAGGUGAAGCUGAAGGUGAAGGUGAAGGUGAAGAAGAGGAAUCCACCGUUCUUCCUCCUCUUGCGACAUCAGACCCCACCUUCCAACCGGAAGAGGAGGCAGAAGAGAUUCUUCCUCCCGCAAUAACAGAGUCCUUCCACCAAGCAGACAUCCAUACCACCACUACUCGUCCCAGUACCACCACCACUACUCGUCCCAGUACCACCACUACUAGUCCCAGUACCACCACCACUACACCCAGUACCACCACCACUACUAGUCCCAGUACCACCACCACUACACCCAGUAUCAGCACUACGCGCAGUACCACAAGUACCAAGGCCUCGUCCCAGGACCGCGCAGCCCCCAACACACCGAGAACCCCACCUCCAAAAGCUCAACGGGAAGCGGAGACAAAGAAGGAGGCGGAGUCAAAGAAGGAGGCGGAGGCAAAGAAGGAGGCGGAGCUGGCCGAUAAGGGCUUGAAGGUGAAAGGAGGCAAGGAACGAAGUAUGGAUGGGAUCAGAGUGGACAUCAUAACAAUAAAAGAGCAGGACAUCCUGGUGAUACCUAAGCAUACAUCACCAUCAUCGUCAUCAUCAUCAUCUCCCUCGCCCGCGCUGAUGUUUGUAUCUUGUCUCAUCUUCAUCCUCAACAUCUAGUAGUACAACACCUAGUAGUACAACAUCUAGUAGUACAACAUCUAGUAGUACAACACCGCCAGGACUGCUGGAACUUGAAAGAGGUGCGGCUGGACGUCGCCUCCCCGCUUCAACUUAACAGCGCAGUAUC